AUGUCUCCGUCGGCACUUGUCGAUCACUCACCUCAUCAACCCACCGCCGCACCCAAGCGAGACACCGCCAACAACCUCGUCCUCAUCGACAAUUAUGACUCGUUCACAUGGAAUGUCUAUCAGUACUUGGUCCUUGAGGGAGCCACUGUCACGGUGUACCGCAACGACAAAGUCAGUCUAGAAGAGCUCAUCGCCAAGAAUCCCUCACAAUUGGUCAUCAGCCCGGGCCCUGGUCAUCCAGAUACCGAUGCGGGAAUUAGUAAAGCUGCUAUCGAGCACUUUGCGGGCAAGAUACCCAUUCUCGGGGUCUGCAUGGGACAGCAGUGCAUUAUCUCGGUAUUCGGAGGCAAAGUCGAUGUCACGGGCGAAAUCCUGCAUGGCAAGACCUCCCCUCUAAGGCAUGAUAGCAAGGGUGCAUAUACCACAUUGGAGCAGGACUUGCCUGUUACUAGAUAUCACUCUCUUGCAGGAACACAUCCUACACUUCCGCCGUCGUUAGAAGUCUCGUCAUGGAUUGCAAAAGGACCAGAUGGCGGCAAGGGUGUGAUAAUGGGCGUACGGCAUAAAGAAUUUGUAAUUGAAGGUGUACAAUUCCAUCCCGAAAGCAUUCUGACCGAGAGUGGUCGGGUCAUGUUUGACAACUUCUUGUCCAUGACUGGGGGGAAAUGGUCCGAUAAUCCACACCUUGCCCUACCAGGUGGAGCUUCAAAUGGAAAUUCAGAUGGGCACCAGCCCUCGAAGAAGGAGUCGAUACUAGACAAGAUCUACGCUCACCGCCGAGCAGCUGUAGCUGCACAAAAGCUCAUCCCUUCACAACGGCCGCAGGAUCUACAAGCAGCCUACGACCUCGGCCUGGCCCCACCGCAGAUAUCGUUUCCUACCAGAUUACGGCAAUCUGCAUAUCCGCUGGCCCUCCUCGCAGAAAUCAAACGAGCAUCGCCUUCAAAAGGUAUGAUCUCUAUCGACACAUGUGCGCCUGCCCAAGCUCGAAAAUAUGCAAGCGCAGGCGCCAGUGCUAUAUCCGUCCUCACAGAACCGGAAUGGUUCAAGGGAAGCAUAGAAGAUCUGCGAGCUGUUCGACAAAGUCUGGACAGCAUGCCGAAUCGGCCCGCAGUGCUUCGAAAAGAGUUCAUUUUUGACGAGUAUCAGAUUUUGGAAGCACGAUUGGCUGGGGCAGAUACAGUCCUGCUCAUUGUGAAGAUGCUUGACACAAAAACUCUCAACCAGCUGUAUCACUAUUCGCGAUCACUGGGAAUGGAACCUCUAGUCGAAGUUAACACUUCCGACGAAAUGAAAAUUGCCAUUGAACUAGGUGCUGAAGUCAUAGGGGUCAACAACCGUGAUCUCACCAACUUCGAAGUCGAUCUUGGCACCACAAGUCGAUUGAUGGACAACGUUCCUGCGUCAACCAUUGUUUGUGCAUUGAGUGGCAUCUCCGGCCCUGAAGACGUCCAGGCAUAUCGGAAAGACGGUGUUAAGGCCAUUUUGGUGGGAGAGGCAUUGAUGCGUGCCGCAAACACAGUCGAUUUUAUCUCCAAGCUUGUUGGAGACCCGAAUGUGCUCCCAAGAGCAAAGACCCAGCGUCCCUUUGCUGUGAAGAUCUGUGGCACCCGAACACCUGAAGCCGCAAAGGCCGCCAUCGAGGCAGGUGCAGAUCUCGUGGGCAUCAUUCUCGUCCCCGGUCGCAAACGAUACGUUACAGACGAAGUCGCUCUUCAAAUAGCACAAGUCAUACAAACCACGCCCAAGCAAUCAUUCAGAAACCCCGAGUCCCCUGAGUUUGGCGCCACGGAUUUUUUCCAACACUCGGCGCAGACGAUCGUGCGACCGAAGCGAUCCCAAUUAGUUGGUGUAUUCGCUGGGGCCACCCUCGAACACAUCAUCACCCAAGUCCACAAACUCAACCUUGACAUAGUCCAGCUCCACGGCUCAGAACCCAUCGAAUUUGCACGCUCAAUCCCAGUUCCUGUCAUCCGUAAGUUCUCUCCAACGGAGCCAGGCCUAUCCGCGCGUGGGUAUCACGCCCUCCCGCUGCUGGACGCUGGCGCAGGCGGAACAGGCCAACGCGUCGAUCUGCAGGAGGUGCGCGCGCUGUUUUCCCACGACCCGAGUGUCAAGGUCAUGUUCGCGGGUGGCCUUACGCCGGAUAAUGUGCAGAGUGUGUUGGAGAGUUUGGGUCCGUAUAGGAGCAAUAUCGUGGGCGUGGAUGUAAGUAGUGGAGUUGAGGACGGCGGUGCGCAGAGUAUCGAGAUGAUACAGAACUUCGUAAGGGCUGUCAAGGGGUGA